CGCCGAAUCAGAAGUCGUCUCGGGCGAUACUGGAAUCGUUUGAUUGGAAUCUUCGAGCGAUCGAUCGGAUCUUCACGUUCCACGCAAAAUGUCGAUUGUGCCCCUAGUCUUCCGCAAUUGGUGGGAUGACUUCGAUCGUCCCGUCUCGCGACUUCUGGACCAGCACUUCGGUACUGGCCUUCACCGAGAUGAUCUGAUCUCAAGUCUCUCCGGUUUUGGUAUCGAUCGGCCACGCUCGAUCUUCGGGAAUACGUACUACCGACCAUGGGGGAACGUGACGCGUCAAAGCUCGAGUGGCUCCAGCACGAUCCAGCUGGCCAAAGAUAAUUUCCAGGUGAUACUGGAUGUGCAACAAUUCUCACCGGACGAGAUUACGGUGAAAACGGUCGACAAUCACGUUAUUGUCGAGGCCAAGCACGAGGAGAAGCAAGACGAACACGGCUACAUCAGCAGACACUUCGUACGCAGAUACGUCCUGCCCCCAUCUCACGACCUCGCCAACGUCACCUCGACCCUCUCCUCGGAUGGUGUACUAACUAUCACGGCGCCCAAAAAGAACGUGACGCCGGCUGGCACGGAAAGAGUCAUCAACGUUAUUCAAACGGGAGUACCAGCUGCCAAGCCGGUUCCCGUCGAAACAACUGUUACAACUACUACUACUACGGACACCACUACAAAUUAAAGAAUUUACUGCAUGAAACUUUCAUUCCGACAUUCAUUUCAUUCUUUUACUUUCUCAAUUCUGGAUAUAGCGGAACAGUCUUAUAUAAUGACAAAAUCGUACCAUAUUUCUUUAAUAUCUAACUUUCAAGGAUGUAUUUUUUUAGUACGUAUUAUAUAAUUAUAUUUUGUUACGCUAUAUAAAUUAUGAUAUUUUAGAAUCGCACAAAGUUUAUUUGCUUGUUUGCGAUUUCCAAUCAAAUUAUUGGAGUCAUUAGGUAGCUUCAUUAACAUGAGUUAACUUUAGUUUAAGCAAUUUUCUCUUUCUUUAUUUCUUUUCAAUUUUAAUUUUGAUAGAAAAUAGUAGAGAUAAAUAGUUAAACUUCACUUAAAAUUAACAGAUGUUAAUGUGAGAAAUCUAAUAACAAAUAAUAUAAUUUACAUGUGUGUACAAUUGGAAAAUUUAAUUAAAAAGAAGAAUAUCAAAGCAUCAGUAUAGUCUGUAUGUUUAUCUUCCUUGAUAUUAUUAUUUUCCAAUCGCUCUUAUAUCAUCAAUAGAUACAACAAAUAAAUUAUUUUCAACAA